ACGCGAGUGGCGGCCUCAGGGAGAGUGGCGAGGGGAGAGCAGCGGAGCGACAGGCGGGGACGCAAGGGGGAGAGAGAGAGGCAGGGAGAGAGGCAGGGAGAGUUCAGCAAUCAUCAGGCAAAGGCAGCCUCUGAGAGAGACACACAAGCAAGAGGCGAGCGGGGCGGGGAGUAAGUCAAGCAAGCAAGGAGGCAAAGGGGAGAGUUAAGACGGGGGAGAGCCAGGCCAGGAGAGUUCUCAGCGGAUAAGAGAGAGGAGAGGAAGGGGAGAGACAAGGGAGAGACAAGAGGAGAGGAAGGGGAGAGACAAGAGGAGAGGAAAGGGAGAGGAAAGGGGAGACUCGGUGGCCCACGGGCGCACAGACGCAUCGAGCCUGGCCGCAGGGGGGAGAGCUUCACCACCAUCACCACCGCCGCCUCGGCCCUGGGCUCCUCAUCCUGCCUCACAGGGCCGCCUCCACCAUCCCCUUCCACUCCUCCAGGAGUGAAGACCUCCAGGAGUGAAGACCUCCAGGAGUGAAGACCUCCUCAGCAGCAGCAGCAGCGGCAGUCGAAGCCGAUCUCUCCGCUCCAGCUGUGGUGGCACGCAGCUGCGGUAGACACACGUGGCGUGUUUGUUAUUGUUGCUGUUGUUCGGCUGGGCCCCCCGCGAGGACACCUUGAGAUAUACACAACAGCAGUAGCCUCUUGUCUCUCAGGCAGGGAGACGGACAAGGCAGGCAGUGGACACGGGAGGAAGACAGGGCGGAGAAGUAUAUUGUUUUGUUGCUGGGAGAACCAAGCCUCUGUAGGCCUCCUGGCUUUGUUGAUUGUGGUGGUGGUGGUGUCACGGUGGUCAUGCCGGCCGAUCGCGUGUGACGCCGAGAGGAGGUGAGGAGGCGAGGAGGAGGAGAAGGAGGAGGUGCGCCACCACCACCACCACCGCGAUGUUGUCACAAAUGUCAUCAUCUCCACCCGGUCCACCUCCAUUGCGUCCGGGCAUUCACAUGAUAGUGUGGAGCAGCGUGGAGCCCCACGCCGUGCCAGUGUUCCCGUGGCACUCCCUCGUGCCCUUCCUGGCCCCCAGCCAGCCAGAGCUGUCCUUGCUGCCUGUGCGAACGCACCAAUCCCUCAACCAACCGGAGCAUGGCUUGCUACCCAGAUACCAGUCAGUCGGCCAGUCGGAGCAUGGCCUCUUGCAAAGGCACCACGUCGGCGGACAAGACCACGGCUCGCUGGCUGCUGAUGUCGACGGAGAUGGGAGCCCUCCCUCCUCUUCUCUGCAACCCGAGGCUGAAACGACCCCAAAGCAGGAGAGGAUUUCACACCCCCACGAGGAGCCCUCAGCUUCUCCUAGUCCCGCCCAGGGCUCGGGCGCGAGCACCAGGCCGCGUUACUAUAGCGACGUGCCCUGCGGCCUGCGCGAGACUGAGAUCAACAGCGAGAGCGACAGCGACCACGACGAGGCGUUUCUUCCGGCUGCGUGCCCCACUCAGCCUCCCCCACCCCCCAUCGCUGCCGUCAAGAGAAGGACGCAAUCGCUGGGAGCUCUGCCCAAGGACCGGCUCCCCCCAGAAAGGGAGGCCAAGGGUUCGCGCAAGAGGGAGAAGGAGCACGUGCGGAGGCCCAUGAAUGCGUUCAUGAUCUUUAGCAAGCGGCACCGCGGCCUGGUGCACCAGCGUCACCCCAACCAGGACAACCGCACGGUCAGCAAGAUCCUGGGCGAGUGGUGGUACGCCCUGGGAGCGCGCGAGAAGCAGCAGUACCACGACCUUGCCUCGCAGGUGAAGGAGGCGCACUUCAAGGCGCACCCCGACUGGAAGUGGUGCAGCAAGGAGCGGAAGAAAUCGUCGGGGUCUGACCCCAAGACUCUCGCGAUGGCCGCGACCUCCUCAAUGACAGCCUCAGAUGGUUGCGCUGACAGCGGAGGCCUCGCUCUGCUCGCAGAGCAUCCGGACAGGGAGGCGGCGGAGCGGCCGGAGCACGGCGGCGAUCACGCGCACGCCGCUCCGGCCUGCGACAAGGAAGGGGGGCGACCCGGCGAGGCCACGGAUCAGGGGAUUGGGGGGGGUCCCGUCCCGCACGGCGUCGCGGGGGGCGCGCAGGAGCGAGAGAGGGGGGGCGGCCGCUCCCCCGCCGACGCGCCGUCGCGCCUGCACGUCGCGAGCUCCGCCGCGGCCAUGCGCGUGUCGUGGGGCGACGCGCACCUCGCCGGCGCCCCUCCUCCCUGCGGGCCGUCGGAGCCGACCCCGGGGAGGGGGCAGGCGGCGGCGCAGGCGGCGGCUGCCGUGGCGGCAGCGGCGGCGGAAGGGACGGGGCAGGCCCCGGUCGGCUCCUUCCCCUGCGCCGUGAUGCUGAGCGGGGUUCGCCCGCAGGAUUGUUUGACGCUCGUCAGGCAAAUGGAUUUGUCCAGGACCGGCGUAAGCGCGCCCGGCGGUGCCGGCGCCCCCGCCGGCGGCGGGAGCGGCGUGGGUGCGGGCGAGCGGCCGAGCAUCCUGGUGAACGUCCUCCAGCGGCCCAAGUUGGCGCUGUAUUCCUUCGACAGACCGACCGUCGUCAGCAACGUCCUGGAGCGGGCGAGGGUGGUGUGCGACGGGCACGAGGGCUGGCGCGUGGGGCCCGCCGAGAGAGGCGGUGCGUGUCUCGCGGACGGGCAGAGCGAGGCGAGUGCCGCCGCUGCCGCCGAGCGGGCCAGCGUGCUCAUGGAGAGAAGGGACGCCCUCCAGCUGCCAGGCGCUUUGCGGACACGCAGUUCGCCCGACGGGAACGGAAUCGGGAAGGCCUCUCUCGUCUCCUUGACGAGGGCCACGAGAGAAGGGGGUGCGGAGCAGGAAGACAAGGUCGCCGCCACCGCUCCGGCCGCUGUGUUUGCGCGGCCCGAGCUGUUCCAGUUGCAGGUGAAGGCUACCCCGAGCGCGACGCUGCCCGUGACUUUAGACAGAGGAGCUGCAAAUGGAAACUCGCAGGUGGAGGAGGGAGCACACAGUCGCUUGCCGAUGUCAAGCGAGGCGCUGUCGACGAACACUUUGCCGGUGUCGGGGGACGUGGAGGGCGUGCAGCUGUCUACUUUCCGGAGCUCGGAGGCGCAGCAGCACCAGCAGCAUCAGCAGCAGAACCAGCCGCCGUCGUUACCGCAAGGCGCAUUAGCCGUGGAGCAGUGUGUGUCACUGCGGACCUGUGCAACGCUUGGAGAAGCUACCAGUUCGGUUUCAAGUGCUGGGUCUAAGUGCCCAGGUGCCAUCCACCCAAGCGGCACCGGCUUGGUGCUGUGUCCGCCACCCCGGCGCGGCACCCGCGUGCGCACGUCCCUCGCCACCGUCCCCGUGUGGCCCCCCGACGUCCCGGCAGCCACGUCGUGCGACCCCCGCUCUCCGAGCGCCGCGUCUCCGCACGUUGCGGACGGUGACCCGGUCCAUCCGCCGCUCGCUCCAAAUCCGCCCGACUCGCUCUCCGCCGCCGCCGCUACGUCGGCGCUCCCAUCUCCCGAAGCGAAAACCGGGCAGGAGUUAUCCCAGAGCUCUUCGUCGACGGCAACGUCUUCUGCUAGAAGCCAAGAGGGGGCGCAGUCGUGCGUCAAUCCGGCGCAGGCCGCCGCGGCUGACGGCGCGGCCCAGCUCGUUCCCGCGGACGGUGGCGCCGAGCCCAGGCAGGAGGCCACCGGGCAGGAGGAGAGCGGCGAGACGCAGGACGGAGGGGUGGGGGCAGGAGGAGGAGAGCUGCAGCAGCUGGAGCAGGCAGCGUCAGCGGGCUUCAAAGCCGCCUCGCAGAGCCCCCGGCCGGCGAGCGAGACGGCGCGAACGGCGGGCAGCGCUGCGGACACUCCCCCGGAGAAAAAAGAGAGCCCCUCAAAAAGAGUGAAGGUCAAGCCGCCCCCAUUGAAGCGAGCCUUUGACUCGGUGGACCAGGUCCUGUCGGAGGUCGACUUUGAGGGUCGCUUCGCGGAGUUACCCGAGUUCCGCCCGGACGAGGCUCUGCCGUCGCCCACGCUGCACGCGCUCACCACGUCGCCACGCGCCAUCCUCUCCAGCUACCGCCGCAAGCGCCGCAACUCCACGGACCUGGAGGGGCCAGGAGAGGAAUGCGGGUCACCUCGCCGUCGCCAGAGACAGCGCUCCAGCUGCAGCUCUGAGCCCGGAACACCCAAACGGAUCGCCGAAGGGGGUCCUGGAACCCCUAAAAGGGUGCCGGACGGGGGCCCUGGCACCCCGAAAAGGGGGACUGAGGGGGCUCCGGGGACGCCCAAGAGGGCGGGAGAAGGAGGCCGAUGCGAGGGAGAUGUCUUCCUGUUCGACCGGCCCGGCACGGGGCUCGACAUGCUGGCCGAGGCGGCCAGCCACCGCACGGGAUCGCAAGGCUCGGAGGGCUCGGAGGGCGGUGGGGACCUGGACCAGGACAAGACGGCAUACUCGUCACUGCGUCGCACGCUGGACACGCGGCGCGCCCUCGUCAUGCAGCUCUUCCACGAGCACGGCUUCUUCCCCUCCGCGCACGCCACGUCCGCCUUCCAGCUGAAGCACGCCGAGAUCUUCCCAACCAAGUCCUGCCUGCAACUCAAGAUCCGCGAGGUGCGGCAGAAGAUCAUGCAGACGGCAAGCAGCACGGACACGCAGGCCGUGGUGGCAACCGCCCCAACGAUACUUGGAGCCCUGCCAGAUGAGCACUCCCAGCAUGCAUCACAGCCGCCAGUACAGAUGGAUUUUUUGCCGGAGUCUCCGUGAUGGGACCAUGCUGCUGCUGUUGUUGCUGCUGUUCUUGUAAUGCGAGUGACUGUGUAAGGGUGGUUUCAAAUAUAUUCCGUUUUCGUGUUUCUUUGUAAAACCAGAUAUGUUAUUUGUAUUCACAGAGAUAUAUUUGUUAAGCUGUGAUCAAAUGGAACUGAUGGCAGGGUUGGGGGGGGGGGGGUUGAUGCUUUUGAUGCUGUGAACUUAAUAAGAAUGGCAAGUUCUUUUACACGGCUCGUUGUUUUACAUGACUAGUUAUUUUACAAAUAACUAUUUUACAAAAAACUAGACCGUUUUGUGCAGCCUCGUUUCAGUUUUGUAUUUUUUUGUGCCCUGUGUUGUUCAAAUAGCUUGUUCUUUUUUUUUGCUGGGAAAUUCCACAGCGGAAUAAUUUUUAUUUUCAACUGUGAAAACGAUGCAAGGCAGGGUUUGACGCAGUUUUAGCUCCCAAACACCCGUGCCAAGUCGCUCACACAUUGCCGUAUUGCCUAGUACUGUGAUAGAGGUAGGCAGUAUAACGUCGCUUAUCCGACUCGCUUGGGACGGAGGUAUGGGCAGAUAUGUGAAAAAGUCGGAUAUGUGAAUGUCUAUAGUAAACCACAGUUUACACCAUCGUGCACAGGUAGGUCACUGGACAAAAAAGUGCAGCCCAAACUGCUUUUAACUGUCGGGAAAUUGCUUUUACUGCGCUUUAAAAGUGAGCAAAAUUUUGCGAGAUGACCUCGCGCAAAAAAAGGUUGGAUUUGUGACCAUCUAUAAAAAUUGACGCGCCAUGCUGCAGUUCGGCACUGGGUUUUGGGCUGUGAAUUGGUCGUGGUGGAUGAUACGUGACGGUUGGAUAUGCGACAUGUACUGCGUGUUGUUGGUGGCCGAGGACUUCGUAGACUCGGUCUUUUUCGGGUUGUAAUCGCCUGACACCCAGUCGCCACAUAAGAGGGCCUGGAUUCUCUCAGCUGGAGGGAUUCCUCUUGGUGGACUUGGCCUGUGUAUCCCAAAAACUUCUUCCCGCAGCGGGGUGGACCCUAUUGUGUCUUGCGCGUAGGGUGUGCCCGGUUAUACCAGUGCAAUGGAAAACGUCGUACUCCCUGGUGGACUUCGCUGUGCAAACGGUCACAGCAUUACCCAGUGCAAUCGGCAAAGAGAGUGUGUUUGUGCGCGUGCUGCCUGGUAGGGGGACCUGCCUGUGCAACCUGUACCAUGCUGUACUGUUGUGGUUGGUGGAAUCAAGGGCGCAGCAACACUUUGGAAGCUGGCGGUAUCUGUCGUGUGUGCGUGUGCGAGUCGACUGAAUCUGUGUGAGUGAAUGUGUGUGCCGACUGAAUCACUGUACCGAGUAAAUGUCUGUUGUGCUGACUGUGCACUGACCGUACAUGUGUGCCGGCUGUGCGUUGUUGUGUGAAUGUGUGUUGACCACACGUGUGUGCUGACUGAGUUUGUGUGCUCUUGUGUCUGUGUGUGCUGACCAGGGGCACAAUAUUUUGCGGGUGUCUUUGCCAUAUUUAAAAGUGUUGUGGGGUGUCUGGACACCCACGACGCUCAGUGAUUGGCAUGGGAGUGAAUGCGCUUUGAUGGCAUUGUGGUGGACAAGGUGGCUGGCGAUGGCGGCGUUUGCUCAUUAGCGUGCCCGAACUUGUGCCGCCCCUUCUCCAUACACUCCGAUGAAAGAACCACAGGACACCCACUCCUUUGUUGGCAGAAUGGCCGUGGGAAUGGUUCACAAAAUCUGCUUUAUGAUGAUGGUGUAUGUACGAUAGCUAUAUAUGAUAAUAAAAUGGCAAACUUGUAUUCUUAAAAAUCGUGUUGAUGCGGGCAACAUAGAGAUGUUAGUCCGCAAUGUAAACGAAUUCCCCCCCCCCCCCCCCCCAGCUAACGCUCGCUGAAUACAUUACUACGCUCUUGUGUGCUUGUGAAGGUAUCUUUGGAAGUAAUGUACCGCUUAAUUCAACAGUAAUAAAGUUAUCGAGCUAGUUUC